GAGGCGCUGAGGAGGCCGCGGCGGCGGGAUGCGGCGAUGGGCGCCGGGGUGGUCGGAGGCGUUGAAGGCCCGAGCCGCUCGCUACGCUUUGGAGCGAUCGCUGGGACCUUUUUUAGAAGAAAGGUUGAGGUUGGAACAACUUAGUCUCGAUUUACGGGGCGGGACCGGAGCCCUCCGCGAUCUCCGCCUGCGUGCCGCGGCGGUGGAUGAGGUGCUGGCGGGGGCGGGAGCGCCGCUGGAGCUGCGGGAGGGCUGCCUGGCCGCUGUCACCGUCACCGUGCCCUGGGCCGAGCUGGGCAGCCGGCCCUGUCACCUCCAUGUCACCGGCCUGCGGCUGGCCCUCAGCCCUCGUGGGGGG